AUGGCAAGCACUUCUUCUAUUUCAAAGAUGCAGCAGUCGCAACAACAACAGUUCAGCACCUCAGACGACGACGACGACGACGACGACGACAAUGAGAUGAUGAAGCAGAUCCUGGCCACCCAUUCUGAUCACAAUUACCACAAGGUCGACGUCAGGCCCCAUCUUCAACUCAUCGACGAAAUCUUCCGGCACUCCACCACUCAUUUCCAACGCACAAAUAUUCAUGACCCUGAAGUUUCUUCACACAUGGAAAGCUUGGACAAGCAGAGCCAAAAGGUGGACUUCCUAGGCAUGCUUGAAGCAUUGGCUUGCACCAUACACAAGGUCUCCUGCGAGAUAUCGUGCAGGUGCACUGGGGGUGGGGAUGUGCACUCGACAACGAUGGCAUUGUUGAGUAAUACCCUAUCAAGAUUCUCAUGGGAUGAGAAGGUGAUAGUGGCCUUGGCCGCCUUUGCCGUCAUCUAUGGGGAGUUCUGGCUGGUGGAGGAACUCUACGGGACUCAUCCGUUGGCCAACGCCAUAGCUCUGCUAAAGCAAUUACCCCACAUAUUUGAACAACCUCGGGAGACGAGGUCAUUGAUGAGGCUCAAGUUUAAAGCGCUCUGGACCCUAAUCAAAGCCAUGCUCGACGUGACCAACGGCAUCGUCCAGAUCAACGAGCUACCACGUCAGCAUUUUGCCAACGACCAACUACCCAUGUCGGUGGCCGACACCAUCAUCCGCUCUGCUGUUUACUGGACCAUCAGGAGCGUCGUCGCCUGCGCGUCCCACAUCACUGGCUUUAUUGACCACUACAAUUACAGAUCCCUUUCAUUCACCACUGAAGCUUAUACUAAGCUUGUGCGACUCUUUGAAACCAUCCAUUAUGACAACAUGGAGAUUCUCAACGCAUUGAUUUACGGCCACAAUGUGAAUGUUGGCGUUGAAGCAUUGAGAAGGAUGAGUGUGUUACUGCUGAUAUCGGACCUGGACAUCUCCCAAGAAGAAAUCUUGAUUCUGGAACAGAUGUACAUGGAGUCCCGUCACCAGCCAUUGAAGCCAGAGUCUACAUACGAAGUGGUGUGGCUCCCCGUAGUGGACAUGACUCUCCCAUGGACCGAAGCCAGGGAGAGAGAUUUUGAUCGAUUGCAGGUGAAUAUGCGGUGGUACUCGGUGCGACACCCUUUCUUGAUCAAUCCAGCGGUGAUUAAAUACAUCAAGGAGAUGUGGCACUUCAACAAAAAACCAAUCUUUGUGGUUUUGGACCCACAGGGUAGGGUUGUGAACCACAACGCCUACCACAUGUUGUGGAUCUGGGGAAGCCAUGCCUUCCCUUUCACCAGCAUGAGGGAGGAAGCCCUCUGGAAGGAAGAAAGCUGGAGACUUGAAUUCUUGGUUAAUGGCAUUGAUCUACAGAUACUCAAUUGGAUAGUGGAAGAACGAUUCAUUUGCCUGUAUGGAGCAGAAGACAUAGAUUGGAUAAGGAAAUUCACAACGACGGCAAGAGCGGUGGCACAGGCAGCACGUAUCCCAUUGGAGAUGGUGUACGUGGGGAAGAGCAACCCAAAGGACCGAGUGAGGAGGAACAACGACAUCAUCACCGCAGAGAAGCUUAGCCAUUGCUGGCCAGACCUCACAUUCACCUGGUUCUUCUGGAUUCGACUGGAGAGCAUGUGGUACUCCAAGAUGCAGCAUGGAAAUACCAUUGAGAACGACCCCAUAAUGAAGGAGAUCAUUACAAUGCUCACCUUCGAUGGCAGCGAGCAAGGAUGGGCUUUGAUCAGUAAGGGGUCGGCAAACAUGGCCAAAGCUAAGGGGGACAUGAUCUUGAACUGCUUCAAGAACUACGAUGUUUGGAAGGAAAAUGUUGACCUUAAGGGUUUCAUUCAGGCACUCAAUGAUCAUCUGAAACAGCUGCACACGGACCCGCAUCACUGCAGUCGCCUCAAUCUCCCAGUGAGCUUGGGAAUGAUUCCUAUGAAGGUGGUCUGUAUCGAGUGUGGCCGCAAUAUGGAGAAGUCAGUCACCUACAGCUGCUGCAUCGAUUAA